ACCUCGACGACCGACUCGAUCAUGCGUGUCGACGCGUCAACAGUUCGCGAUCUGCUGGAGGGCCGGUACAAGGACCUGUACGACGAGCGGCUGGUGGUUGACUGCCGGUUCCCGUACGAGUUCGAGGGCGGGCACAUUGCAGGCGCGGCGAACGCACCGACUAUCGAGGCGCUGGAGCGGCUGCUGCUGGAGCGCCCGCGGACGGGCACGCGCAUGGUGGUGAUUCUGCACUGCGAGUACUCGAUCCAGCGCGCGCCGUCAAUGGCCAGCCAUCUGCGGCGGCGCGACCGCGAGGUGAACAUGCACCGGUACCCGCACCUGCACUACCCUGAGAUCUACGUGCUGGAGGGCGGGUACCGCAACUUCUUCAACCACCACAAGCCACUGUGCGAGCCGCAGAACUACGUCGAGAUG